CUCAGCACGUAAAGCCCGCUCAAAGACAGCUUCAAAGACAUCCCUUCCAGACUUGCCUAACGCCGAUAUCGGACGGACGGACUGAGACAGCGACUGAGCAGUACUGUACCUUCCCGGAGGUUAGAUAUUGACGAAUGCCUGUCAUGCAUGGGAAGUCUUCAAGAUAUCCACAGAUAUCGAUUGAUAUGGCACGCAGCCGGCAGUGCGAGAUACAACAUUCGUUCAAACUCGCGCUGGUAUCCGCGACGUGCCGACUGCUCAUUUUGCUUUCAAUUUUGGAUGGCAGACAGUUUCAUGUAGGACUCUAAAACACUUCGAAGUGGUUCAAACGCCACGCAUGGGCUCUUUAUAUAAGGGGGCAGAGCAAAGCAACGAGCCUUCCACAUCGCCUUCGGAACAUGCCCUUCGCACAGAUCGACGACAAGGGAACCUCCAUCUGCUACCAGGAUACUGGCGCGCCAGAUGGCUCCUCGACAUACCCCACUCUCGUUUGCAUGCACGGGGCAAUAGUCAACUUGAGUGCGUACGAUAGUCGAGCUUAACGGGAGAUUUCUGACACUCCAUAAAUCUGCUACGUAUGCAGAUAUGUGGGAUCGCAUGGGACCGUACGCCUCCAAAUACGGUAUGCGCAUGAUCGCGUUCAACGAGCGCGACUACCCUGGUUCGACGCCGUACACGAAAGAAGAGCUGGCGCAAAUAACGAGCCCCGACGUUGAGGUCCAAGCGCAUGCGGUGCGCAGAUGGGGUUUAGAGUUUGCCCAGUUUCUCGCAUAUAUCUGUAAGACAUUGGACAUUCCUGCCGUCUCAGGCGAGGGAGCCAAGAAACAGGGCGGGCUGGUGGUAGUCGCGUGGUCUGCCUGUGGCGUUGCAGCUACGGCUAUGUUGGGAGAUCCUCAGACAAUGGGAAGCGACCUGACGGCUGCGCUGGCCCCUUACCUGCGCAAGGUUGUCAUUUACGGUGCGCAUCAGAGUUCCUACGUGCACGUAGCCGAACGCUCAGCGCUCCGCUCUUUCUUUACAGACGCUCCGUCGGUUGUAUUUGGCGAGACACCCAACCUGGGCAUCCCUUGGCCUUUCGCCGAUCCCACAAUCCCACCCGAGGGGAUCCCAGAUGCAUUCAUCACCUGGGUGUCUUCUUCCUUCUCUCCUCUGCCAGAAGGAGUCCCCAUCACGCCCGAAUCGCUGCGCGAGCAUAAUGCCAUCCUUCCGGGCACGUCGACGCUCCGCAGCCUGUCUCCUGAAGAUUACAAACGCAUUGUCGAACCUGAGUUCGGUGGACGUGGACUCGGUUUGAUUAUGAUCACGAGCGAGGCGAUCCACCGCGCACAUGCACACCGCACAUUCUCUGACACUGAUGCAGUCUUGCCCGAGGUCGACAUCCUCUUUAUCCACUGCGCCCAGGGUCCAUGGACUGGUGUCUGGGGAGCCAAGGUGUUCCAAGACUUAGCUAGCGAGGCGGCCGACCCAGGUAAGAGGAAGCGAAAGACCGCCUUCCUGAAGCUGAAGGGCGCGAAUCACUUCGUGAGUCCCCUUUACUCAGUGGAGCCAAGUUGCUGAUCCAUGUGUAGGUUAACUGGAACGAACCAGAGAGGAUGGCUCGUCUUUUGGCAGAGAAUUGCAACUUGCCCCUGUAGGAAGUGACUGGCCUGUUAUGCGCACAAUGUAGGGGUAUCGAGACCGUCGAAUGUACUUGUACAAUAUAAGAACUUACGAGGACCAUCUAUCGCUGAGUUUUCGCUUGCUUGGACCUAGUAACGGCGACCGAGACCUAGUGGCGCACGUUGCGCGCGCGUUCGCCAAGUCAUGGAUGUGGACGCAGGCGUCGACAUCAGUGCCUUGCCCAGAAAAAUCUGGAGACCAGCUAAACUGGUGUU